AUGUUGCAAGCUAAAAAAAUCGAAAAACCUGAUUUGCUUUCCUUUCCAUUUUAUGGAUAUUCAAUUAAAAAAAAACAAAAGAAAAAAAAUUAUUAUCUCAAAUUAAAUCAUAUAAAUAAAGUAAUGAAAAAUAUAUGUAAAAUAAAUAAAAAUAAAAUAGAUGAAUUUGUUUUGCCACAGAUUACUAUUCAACGAGUUCAACCCCGGGAACAGAAAUUUCCUUCAAAAAACGUCCAAAAAAAACUGAAAACACCAGGUUUUUCUACUAUCCCUGAAGAAGAAAAACAAAAUGUCCAAAAAAAUAAAUGCAUGUUAAAAAAAAUUAAUGGAGAAUUGAAAGAAUUAAACAAUUUAGACACUUGUAAAAUAUUAAAAAAUUAUAUACCUUAUACUAAAACAAGCAAAUUUAACAUUUUUAACGAUUCACCACAAAAACACGUUUCUUAUAAAUAUUAUGAUUUAAAUAAUUUCGAAAUUAUUCCAACUAUUUAUCAAACUCAAAAUUGUAAUACAGAUUUAAUCAAAAAAUGUAGGCAAGCCUCAAAGAACACUAUGACUGAUAUCAGUAAAUAUUGUAAAUGCUCCAAAAAGGAAAUGAAAAAAAUCAAAGAGUCAUUAAAUAAUAACCUUUAUUUAAGUUUAUCAAAUCAACAAAAUGAACUUUCAAAAUAUUUGACAUACCCUCGUGAAAAAAUACAAAGGUUAAUUUGUAGUAAUCAAAAUCAAAAAAAAAAAAUCACAAAUUCGAAUAGUUGGAUGGAUGCAAAAGAAAACAUAUAUAAUUCUACAUGUAUAAACGAAUCUAAAAGUAUGAUUUUUCAAAUGGAUAAUCAACAUUCCCAAAUAUUUCAACCAGAUGCCCACAAAACAGCAGAUUGGGUGCCCGAGCAUGACAAAGAACAAAAAUCUUCACACACAAAUAUAUGUAUAAAGCCCCAAAAAAAUGCAACUGCAAUUUUAUUAAAUCAUUCAAGAAACAUGCUAAUCAGCAAAAUAAAAAAUACAAAAAAUGAAUUAGGUCCUUUAGAAACAAAAAAAAAGGAAUUCAUAUCCACCUCUCCAAAUCUAAAACAUUCUUUUCUAAACUACAACAAAUUAAACAAAAUGCAAAACAUAUCUAACAAUGCUCAUAACAAUUACAAUAAAACAUUUAUUUAUCCUAAAAAUAAAUUAUCAGAAAAAAAAAAAAAAAAUUUUAAAGAUUAUGAACAAAACUUAACAAUUCAAAAGCUUCUAUGCCAAACAGAUCGAAUAAAAUCUGUUGAAAAAAAAAACUAUAUCGAAAAAAUUAACCAAUAUAAAGUAAUAUACAAAGGUGACGAUUUCGUAAGUAUAUACAAAAACAAAGAAAAUAAAAAUAUAGAUAAUCAUAAUGUUGAUCUGGCUAGUUUGUUAUGCAAACCUGGAUAUGUAGGGGACUAUUUAUAUAAAUCAAAUUCAACAAAUAAUAAUUUCUUUGAUAAUACAGAAAAAAAUAAAAUAUUUAAAAACGAAUUAGUACAAAGUGUGCAGAUAAAAAAUGAAGAACCCAACUUAUGUUUUGUAAAAAAUAAUUUACAAAUUCCAAAAUAUUAUAAUCUAAAUAGAUCAUCAAAAAUUAAUAAUAUUCAUGAACAAUGUCAAACAAAUAAAAAUUUUAAUAAUCAAUUUCUUAAUAAACAAAAUGAUGAAAUUUUACAAAAUAUGACUAAAGCUAUAAAUAGUUCCCCAACUCUUAAUCUCGAUUUACAAUAUAUUACAUUUUUUAUUGAGUUAUUAAAAAAUCAAAAAAAACAAAACCUUAUAUUAUAA